AUGAGCUUCCCAAUAACCCAGUACCAGGGACGGCGACCUAAGGGCUCCUGCAGCGGACAAAACCAAGUCAUCAGCCCGGACAGAAUAGGCAUUGAGAGUGCAGGAUGUUUUGUGAGUGGAAACUGCCUGCGGCCCCACGUAUUGCACAGAGUCCACGUCCUGCGCGGGUGGGCGUUUGCGGACUUUUGGCGCUCGGCGUCCGUUGCCAAGACACCGCGUCAACAGCAGAGCGCGCGCCGCCGGGAGGAGCUGCUUGGCGCCCCUGGCUGCUGCGUUAACCUGAGGAGCGAGGUCGCCGCGGAGCUCCUCUCCGGGAUUUUUCGCCAGCUAAAAUGGCUUCAGGCUUCCAAAAGGAGACCUUUGAGUGUUAGUGAAAAGCAUCAGAAAUCGGUAGAUGAAAACUACUUCAGAAACUUGCAUAUCCAAGCACUAAAAAACAUAAACAGUCAAAUCAGGAAUCAAAUGGAGCGGAAUGAAAAUGAUAACUAUGUUGAGCACAGGAGAUUCCUCAGAUUAUUACAGAGUGAACAAUUUGAGUUGGAUAUGGAAGAGGCCAUUCAAAAGACAGACAACAGCAUCAGCUUUGAGCUCAGAGAAUUGGAGAAGAAAUUAAAAGCAGCUUAUAUGAAUAAAGAAAGGGCAGCACAGAUUGCUGAAAAAGACGCUAUUAAAUAUGAACAAAUGAAACGUGAUGCUGAAAUAGUCAAAAUCAUGAUGGCAGAACAAGAAAGAGUAAUAAAGCAAGAGAAUGCUGCAGAAGAGAAACGAAGCAGAGUAAAGGCACAGUAUUACCUCGACUUAGAGAAACAACUUGAAGAGCAAGAAAAGAAAAAACAGGAAGCUUAUGAGCAGUCGCUGAAAGAGAAACUCAUGAUUGAUGAAAUUGUUAGGAAAAUCUAUGAAGAAGAUCAAUUGGAAAAACAACAAAAGUUAGAAAAAAAGAUUACAACUCGAAGGUAUAUAGAAGAGUUUCAGAAAGAGCAAGCUCUCUGGAGAAAAAAGAAACGUGAGGAGAUGGAAGAAGAAAACAGAAAAAUCAUAGAGUUUGCAAACUUGAAGCAGCAAAGAGAAGAGGAUAGGAUGGCAAAAAUCCAAGAAAAUGAGGAAAAAAGACUGCAGCGCCAGAAUGAGCUAACUCAGAAAUUGGGAGAAAUGCUACGGCAACGUGAAGAUUUGGAACAAGUGCGACAAGAAUUAUACCAGGAAGAAAAAGCUGAACUAUACAAGAAGGAACUAAAAGAACAAGCUGAAGAGAAACUGAGAAAGAAAACAGAGAGGAAGCGGGAUUUUGAAGAGCAAAUGGCCUUGAAGGCACUGGUGCUGCAGGCUGCCCAAGAGGAGGAGGAGAGCUUCAGGCAAGCCCUGCUAGCCAAACUUGCUGAGGACGAUCGGAUAGAACUAAUGAACGCUCAGAAACAAAGAAUGAAGCAGCUGGAACACAGGAGGGCUGUGGAAAGACUUAUUGAGGACCGUCGCAACCAGUUUAUUGCCGACAAAGUAAGAGAUUUGGGGGGGUUGGGAGUAUUUAAAAAAGAGGAUGAUAUUGAUCUGCUUGGGGAAGAGUUUAGGAAAGCGUAUCAGAAAAGGAGUGACAUUUCCGAAGAAAAGUGAUAUCAAGAUGGGGUAAAAUUCUUUUGUAUGUUACCACUA